CUCCUCCUCCUCUUCCUCUUAAAGGGGAGGGCGACUCUCUGGGUCGAUGUCCAACAGGCUGCGAGCAAGCGGCAGGAAAACAGGAGCAGCCACAGGAGCAGGAGGGGAAAGCCAUCGCUUGCUGGGCGGCCUCCGUCUUGGCUUCUGGCCCCUUGGCCGACCGAUGCGCCUGCUUUCCCCUUUCCGCAGCUCGGAGGGUGGGACAUGGUGGCCCUCCACCUGUGGGACCACCUGAAGGCGGGCAGCUCCGAGCUGGACUGGUGCGAGGACAACUACACCAUCGUGCCCACCAUCGCCGAGUUCUACAACACGAUAAGCAACAUCUUAUUUUUUGUUUUGCCACCCAUAUGUAUGUGUUUAUUUCGACAAUAUGCAACCUGCUUCAACAGUGGAAUAUAUUUAAUAUGGACCCUGCUAGUGGUGGUUGGAAUUGGGUCCGUUUACUUCCAUGCUACGCUUAGUUUCCUGGGUCAGAUGCUUGAUGAACUCGCUAUACUCUGGGUCUUAAUGUGCGCUCUGGCGAUGUGGUUUCCCAGAAGAUAUUUACCCAGAAUGUUUAGAAAUGACAGGGGCCGGUUUAAAGCUGCGGUGGGGAUCCUUUCUGGAGUUACUACUUGCCUUGCCUUCAUUAAGCCUGCCAUCAAUAACAUUUCGCUGAUGACUUUGGGUCUUCCCUGCAGUGCCCUGCUUGUGGCAGAACUUAAAAGGUGUGACAAUGUGCGAGUUUACAAGUUGGGACUUUUUUCUGGACUCUGGUGGAUGUUGGCACUCUUUUGUUGGAUCAGCGACAAAGUGUUUUGUGAGAUCUGGUCAUCAUUCAACUUUCCAUAUCUACACUGUGUAUGGCACAUCCUCAUCUGCAUUGCUGCUUACCUGGGUUGUGUCUGUUUCGCCUAUUUCGACGCCGUUUCUGAGAUCCCCGAACAAGGCCCUGUCAUCAAGUUCUGGCCCAGUGAGAAGUGGGCUUUCAUUGGCGUUCCAUAUGUCAGCCUCCUCUGUGCCCACAAGAAAUCACCCUUGAAGAUUACAUGAAGCUUGACAUAGAUACGGAGAGAAGGCGGUCGAACUACAUUGACGUGUGUUUAUCCUCUCUUAGCCUCUCCCUCUCUCCAAACUGUGUGAUUCUCUUGAGGACUUUCCCCCCACCCCACUUCUGACUUGCAAGCACACAAAAUGUGCAAUGCAGCAAGACAUCUCCUUGGAACCCCUUCUUUGGAAAUCCCCCAAUCCCCCUUGAUUUUGGUGGCUCUGGAACUUUUCUAUUAAAAAUCUUCUUGUUUGGCA